AUGACUGUGUCUUACAAUCUCGAUGUUUCGUCAGUAUCAUUUUUCAAUUUUUUCCGAGUGUUAUUUCGAUGGCGUGGCUCAGUAUGGAAGUCAAUUUGGUCUGAAUUAGUGAUAUGGCUCAUUUUUUAUUAUAUGGUUAUGGUCACUUACAGAUUUGCAUUGAAUCCAGAACAACGAGAAGAAGUUCGAAAAUACAUUGAAAAUCUGCAUGAGAAUUUGGAUAAUUGUGUGCCUCUGACAUUCAUGUUGGCCUUCUUUGUUACAGUAAUCGUGGAUCGAUGGAAAAAUAUUUUCGCAAACAUUGGAUUUAUUGAAAACACCGCCCUGGCAAUUGCCACAUUAGUCAGAGGAACUGCCCCAGAAGUAGUACUUGCCCGAAGAACAAUUAUUCGGUAUUUGGUACUUUCCCAGGUUCUAGUAUUCCGUGAUAUCUCACUAAAAGUUCGAAGAAGGUUUCCAAAUACAGAUUCAAUCAUUAAAUCAGGAUUUUUACAAGAGCACGAAGCGAUUAUUCUGGAUGAAGUGGACUGUCCAUACAACAAGUAUUGGGUUCCUAUCAAUUGGGCUUCUGCCGUUUUACAGAAGGUUUUUGUUGAAGGAAAAAUCACAGCUCCGCCCCUUUUCAAUGCCGCGUGGCAAGAAAUCAAAACGUUUCGUUCCAAUAUGGCCAUCUUGUGUAAUUUCGAUUGGGUUCCCAUUCCAUUAGCUUAUCCACAAGUCAUAUUUGUAGCUGUCAGAUUCUACUUUUUCAUGUGUUUAUUCACGAGACAACACUUGGAUAUGAUUGAUACACGAACGAUUGACUACUAUUUCCCUAUUCUUACUGUAUUUCAAUUCAUUUUCUUCAUGGGUUGGAUGAAAGUAGCUGAAGGUCUUCUGAAUCCACUUGGAGAAGAUGACGACGACUUUGAAUGUAAUUUCUUGAUUGAUAAAAAUAUUUCUACCGGUAUGGCCAUUGUCGACGCCACAUACGAUAAAUUCCCUGAAAUGAAACCUGACAAGUUCGCGGAGCCAGCAUUUGCUCCUUUCUAUCCUGAAGACGUCAUCGAUUCUGGAGCAGAUCACGCUCUCGUUGGUUCUGCACAAGCUGUUACAUUAGCCGAGCCAGAUGACCAAAUCGACAUGAUGAAAGUGGACAUAAAUUCUCCAAUUGUUGUGGGAAAAGCUGAAUCUCACACUUCUUCAACAUUCCGUCGUCGUCUCUCUUCUGCAUUCGGAGGUAAAACCAGAAGUCAUUCUGUCCAACACUUGGGACCAGAAAAACUAGAGCCAGACACCCCCUUCAGUCAGUCCAUGGCCCCUCAAAGACCGUAUGCCGCCUUUGAACUGUCGAAUGGAUUUUCGUCUUCUAGCGGAUUGGGCAAUAUGUCACAAAGUCAUCUGCCGAAAUUAGAAGAGGAAGAAUCAACGUCAAUGGAUUCAGAUGCGACUGACGUUGUCACCAACUCCCCUCCUUCUACAUUCGCUCCAGAACCUCCUUCAUCCCAUCGCCCCAUAAUAACUCCAAAUGCAACACAACCUGUAUUUGUAGUGCCACGAACGAUAAGUGAGGACACGUUGGGUCCCACGAGUCCAACGUUACCGUUCAAUCAAACACUCGAAAAUGAUAUUGAUGGAUUGGGUAGAAUGAAAUUUUGA